AUGAUACAAGUAAAAUCAUCUAUUGCCACGAAUAACAUCGGGAAUACUAGCAAGAUCAUCGACAAGAACAAAACUACCGCUGCUACUGCUACUGCUACUGCUACUGCUACUACUAAACCAAUAAACACAACAAUAUCAGCUACAGAAAAUGGCUCAGCUAUACAUGGCGACACCAAAAACAAUAUACUGGAUAAGGAUAUCUCAUACAAAGAGAACCACACAACAUCUAACACAACAUCUAACACACCAUCUAACACAACAUCUAACACAACAUCUAACACAACAUCUAACACAACAUCUAAUCACACAACAUCUUGUCAAGACCACACAACAUCUUGUCAAGACCACACAACAACUAAUCAAGACCAGACGAUAGAUAACCCUGACGGUCAACAACGGCAUAUUCAUUUCAAUUCAAGGAAAUUACAAGCGCAAGGACAACUUCCCCUGCAGCCCCAACAACAACUCCCAUCUCCAACGUCGUCUCGCCAUAGCCGAAAUAGCAACGAAUCAAGCAAAACAUCCGGCUCAGAGAAUCAAAACUCAAACGACAACAAGACUACCGCCAACACCGCCAACACCACUACCAACACUACUACCACUACUACCACUACUACCACUACUACCACCACCACCAAUGCACACGAUCCCCAAAACUCAGUAGGUAGUAAAUCCGAUUUAAUGUUUACCAAGAAAGACCUAAGUAAAUCUCGCACUCAAUCAUUUCAGUCAGUUUUAUCGAUUGCAUCUUUAAAAUCCUUGAAACAACAACUGCAGCAGUCAACUAUGGUCAACAACAUACCAGGUAACUCCCAGGGUGAAGCAUCGGGGGGGCAGCAACAACUACAUCAGAGUAUUGCUAACCACUCUCAGCAGCUCCUGAGAACUAAUUCCACUAUCAUCAAUUCCAGAAAUUUCCAAUCUUUUAUACAAGCACCGGUAUUAUCAAGUAUAAACAAUCUAAAUCUGACUGAAGAUUUGCAAAUUGGUCAGCAACAGUCAUUUGAUGAUAAACCGUAUCAAGAUGAUAAAGCAAAAAGUGAUACUCUUAAGUCCUAUGAAACAAAUACAGAUGACGACAUCAAUGAUGGAUCUAACGAUGAAGAGACUUUACAACAGCAAAGGAACCUUACAUUGAAUGCAUUGAAGAAAUUGACCCUAUCCCCGAGACCAGUUACUAAUCCAGAUGAUUUUAUUCCAUCUAACGUAGAACAACAUCAACAACAACAACAGCAGCAGCAGCAGCAGCAACAACAACAACAACAAAACUCUACAACCAAAUCAAAAGCACAAGAACCCUAUCAGCCAGCUGAGGUAGACUUGUCAUCAUUUGCAAGUCUUACCAGACAGCCUAAAGUAGCUCCUUCAAAAGUUGCGUCGCCUCAAUCCUCCUCAAAUAGUCAGCUGGACAAAAUUGUUCAGCCAAAAGUUGUUAGCAGACAAUCACUACCUACUACGUCACCUGAGGGAGAACAAACGGAUACAGAAUUCACAACAGAUCAAAAUAUUAAUCAAUACCAUCGAAACUUGAAACAACUACAAAUGGAUGCUUUUAAUAGACUGCAAGUAUCGCCAGAAAAACUCAACCAGGUUGCUGGUCAGGCACAUGCUCAACAACAACAGACGCUAUUGCCACAAUAUCAUAAUUCACAACUUCUCCACCGACAAACCAUGCAGCAGGGUGCUUUCUUUUCAAAUAUAUCACAUCAAAAUCAAAACCAAAGUCAUAGUCAAAAUCAAAAUCAAAGCCAAAGCCAAGGUCAAAGCCAAGGUCAAAGCCAAAGCCAAAACCAAAAUCACAGAGUUCCUGCGGCAGUUGUUCCACCUCAUGAUUUGAGCACCAAAAGAAAGCCACUGAAUUUGGCACUACAUACUGUAGGUCACCUUCAGCAUCAAGUUACUCAACAAUCGAAUCAGCAACAAUCUCCGGCUUCAGCUCAAGCGCCUCCUCAAAAUACCAACCAGGCAAAAUAUAGAGCAACACAACACCUACAGCAAAUUAAAGGUUUGCGGAACCCAAUGUACAUUCCAGCAGUUUUAAGAAUGACUCAGAAUGGAAACUAUACUCCCGUGAAUCGCUCAUCUUCAAAUUCUCCUGAAACCACGCCAACAUCACCAAACAAGAACGGCAACAACAAUAAUAAUAACAAUAACAAUAAUAGCAAUAACAAUAAUAACAAUAAUAGUAUUAACAAUAAUAACAGUACGUUCACUCUGGACUAUAAUUUGGAAUCGCAUUUGCAGACAUUUGAUUUAAAUUACAACGCUUCAUCAAGAGCUUCAAUAAGGUCAACGGACUCUACGAUAUCUGUAGAAUCAGGCAGCUCACCAAAAUUUGGAAGCUUUAAUACAUUGAACAAGUUUCUAGGUACUGCGGCGUUAAACAAAAAUCACGAUUACUUAUCAAAAGCUCCACCUACAAGAAGACAUUGGUUGAAAGAUGAGAAUGUGACCAAAUGCGGUAUACCAAAUUGUCAGAAACAAUUUAACUUUUUCGAAAGAAGGCAUCAUUGUAGAAAAUGCGGAGGUAUUUUUUGCAACGAACACACAUGUCAUUAUUUGUACAUUAACCACAUGGCCCAAUUUACUACUGGCGGUAGAGGAACGUUGUCCAAAGUUUGCGAUAAUUGCAUUAACGAGUAUAACGAUUUCAUUCAGCAAGAAUUUGGUGUACGUAUACAAAAUGUAAAACUGCCGUCGCCAAUAGAUCUGAAAGUAGGAGAGAGAAAUAAUACUACGUCUCAACAGCACCAUCACCAUCACCACCGCCAGCAGCAGCAGCAGCAGCAGCAACAGCAGCAACAACAAGAGGAGUUUUCGUCACAUCAUUCAACAGAUGUUCCAAAACGUACGCAAAUACAAAAAUUUAAAAAUAGUUUGGCAGCCGGAGGAAACAGUACUGGUAACAGGAAUGAACAACCAGUUGGAAGUGUGCCUGCAAAUUGGAGCUGGAGCUCUUUUUAA